CAGUCGGAGCGCCAGUCUCUCUCAGACGCCCGAGGCGUACACAUGUGUUGUGGUGAAGUGUUUGUGUAGUGCGUGAUGUCAACUUUCAAGGACUAUAGUCGGCCUCUCCAUGUGGAUUGCAGUGUGGAGUACGAACUUCCCAACGCGGCCAAGCCGCCGGCGAACGCCCGGACGGAACCCCUUCUGAUGAUCCACCCUUGCUACUAUCGCAGAGCUGAGAGCCAGCGGAGAUCCCCUUUUAUCAACAAUUUGCCGGCGACCCGCCAGAGGGUCCCUCAGACCCAGUACCCUGUCAGAUAUCCUAAACGCGAUCCUAUGCUGUGUGGUACUGCGGAGUUCUCCGGAGACAGUGGGGUCAGCGGGGUCGGCCACUGGACGGAUACUGGCUCCCCCCUGGCCCAGGAGACAAGACUCCACGCCGGACCGGACAGCGGCAUCGUGGCGGAUAAGUCCGGAUUGACUGCUCUAUCAGGAACAUGUUGGGAAGCGACGCCAGACCCUGCGUCAACUCGCUUGUAUGGUUCCUCAAGAGGUCAAAACAACGCUGACAGCAACCGCGAGCUUAGAGACUCCACCAAUCAAGUCUCCCGGCACAGUUGGGCGCUAACCUCAGACUUUCUCGGCGUGAAUGGCGGUGGGGAAGUGAACAACAACAACAACCAAAAUCAGCACGUGAAGGACACGAGACUCCACCAGCCGGCUGUGGGGGUUGCUGCAGUCGCCAGCUGCAAGGCUUGUCAACCCCAGUUCCUGCACCCCCAGCAGCGUACUCAGCAGCCCUGGCCAGGCGUCACGGCGUCAGCAGUUACCUGCUCUGGCACAACCAGGCACAGAGUCCGUGCCGUGGAGCCAGGCCCAGAGCACGCCGCCUCCUCGCUGCACCGCCGGCCUCCGCCCGCCUGGCCCUCGCAGUCCGCCUGGCCCGCCCCUCCCGCCAAGCGGUCCCGCCUGCUGCCGCCUAGUGACUGUUGUAAGGUCUGCACCCAGUGGACCUACCCCCAGUGCCGUACCACCCAGGACAACUCGCGGGUCCUGUGGAACAACGAGAGUAUGCUGAGGCUGUAUCAAGUCUAGUGGCGUUCUCCUCUCCACCCAUUUUGCCAAAGUUUUUAUUAGUUACUCUGCUGUAAAAUAUACGUAUUGCGGAUACACGGAGUGCCGCCGCGCCGCGUGGUGAGAGACCGCCGUACGACAGUCAUAAGAUAGUUCCUGACCCACUGGACUGCGUGGGUGCGUGUUGUAGCGUAGUUUACCAGUCGGAGCCGAGGUCGUCUGCAGCGGCGGCUAGUGCAGCCAAAGAUGGAACUGUCCCCGCCUUCAGGUUGAGUUCGCGAGUCUCUGUUCGUGCCUAUCCUCCAGUUGUAUUUAUUCUGUUUCUGUUUUUGUGAUAAGUUCGUGUCCCCAAAGACUCGACCCGGCUCCGACGUGUCCCAACUGAGCCUAGUUCGAGAAACAGGGAUUUUGUCAGUAUACGCUUUUAGAUGGCUAAGUAUUCUUCCAUUGUCCACAGAACAUAUCAGAGUCUGCGUACAUUCCAGAGAUCUGCAGGCUGAGCUUACGACAGGCUUUGCUUUCACUUACUUGCAUUUAUUUAUUUAUCCAGUAUUUACUAAAAUUAGCUUUUUAUUAUCUUUAUAAUAGUGUUUUUAUAAAUUAAGUUUACAUGUUUUUAUUAGGCUCUCAACUUACAUAGUAUUUUAUCUCAAGUACUUUUGUUUUGUUUUGCUCUCGAAACAAACAAGUUUUUUUUGUUUUGCCACAAAAUAAGACUUUACAGUUUGGGGUUUACAACAAAUAAUUGGCUCAGUAAAUUAAUAUUUUCAGAUUCAAACUAGUCAGAUUUAAACGUUUCUGUACUAGUUUCUAUUUUUGUCUCACUACUAAAAUUACAAUUGGUGAAGACAAUAACUGAAAUCUGUUCUGAAACUACUUUAAUACUUGUUUUCUUGUACAUAUUCAAUCUUGAUUGCCUGAAUAAUCUGACCAAUUAUGUAGUUUAAACCUUUCCUUGGAUGUGAAAGCCAAGCCUGAUCUCUCUGACACUGAGACUGACAUUCUAAUACUGUAUUGUAUGUUAGCUAAAUACCAGUAGCCUAUAUCUUUACUUACACAUCUUUCUCACCCUCAUUAUUCAUUCUUUCCAUAUGAUUCUCACUCAUAAAUGUGGAUUUUGGAUAUUUCGUAAGAUUUUAAAAAACAAUGAGAUUUGCGUUAAUCCAAAACUGAAUUGAACCGAAUCGGCACUGGUAUUUGGCUUACUCGAAUGUGUUUUGAUCUUACCUUAUUGAAUUACUUGUAUAAUCUGAACACUUACAUUAAGGGUAUAUAUCUAUGUGGUUCCACUAUAGAAGGCUGAUUGUAAGGAGUCGUAUUAAGAAAUAGGAAAACCGACAAAAAAUAGUUUGCCUUGAACCUCCUUACUGUAUCUAUACAAAUAUUAUAUAUAUUAUAAAUAAAUAUAUGUUAUAUAUUAGACUGUUGUUUGCUUAGGAAAGAUUGUAGAAUAUAGUUGGGGUGCGUGGCACCCAGAGUGGCCUUUUAGUUAGUCUUUGCUCAAACACUAAUUCUUGUAAUGUUUAUGUUUAUAUAAUUAAUGAUUCUCGUAUUUUGUGGUUUUUGUCAUGAGUUUAUGUUAUGAAAAACUGGUAUUGAUACAAUUAUUCCAGUCUUUAAUACUAAACCAGUACAAGCUUCAGUCAUUCAUUCAUAUAAAAUAAUAUUUUAUUUUUAUUUCUAAUAUUGUUUUUUGGUAAUUUUUAAACAUGUAUUCUGAAAACGGUAUUAAAAAUAAAGUAAUUAAUAAUGUAAUGGUCCUUUUGAUUAAAUUGUUGUAAAAGUAAAAAAAAAAAAAAUCAUUUUGCUAAGCCUGAUUUCAAAACACUUGAUUAUUUACUUGAAAUGUGUAUAUUUGAACUGUAUUAGCAUUAGUAUUGUUUGGUUAUUUUGUUUAGCAAUUUAGAUUUUUACCGAAUGCUGAAGUAUAUCUAAUUAAAUAAGAGACUUGAAAAAUAUGUUUCUCAAAUACGUGUAUGUAUUUUACUUGGAUUUUGCAUUACUUCUAGUUUAGUUAUUAAUUAUUUUUGGAUUUAUAUAUGAUUCACUUUUAAUGUAUUAAUUUCAGUGAAUUGUUGCCUCUUGCACGAGGGUUAGUAAUAUGAACUAAAUUGUAUUGUGUUAAACUCAGAAUUGUUUGGGCAAAGAUUAUCGCAACAUUACAAGAGCAUUAGCUGUAGCAACAUUCUUGUAUAAUGUACUGUACAUUUCAUUGCUUUGUUUUAUUUGUUAUUUGUUAUCGUUGCUGGUGCCACGCACGUUUGUUGUCCGUCAGAUUGGAUUGUACAGAGGCGACUCCAGGUCGACUUUUCGUGUUCGAUUUCUUUCAUUCAAAGUGACUGUGAUAAUGCGGGAGGAUUAUUGAUAAACGAGAAUAAAAAUAUUAAAAUAACUUUA